CCAUAGCUUUUCGUCCCACGAUAUAUAGCUCAUCUGUAAGACAUACGCGCAGCCAUAGCAGCAUGUCGGCGGUGCAAAACGCGCGAAUUCCGCGCUCACCGCCUGGGCGCGACCAGGCCGGUCGCAACGCGGGCCCCGCCACGAUAGCCAGCCGCCAUGACAAGAUCGUAAAAUCGCAAGAAGAUAAAAGACAGUAUAGGGGUUUGGAGCUGACUAAUCGUCUCAGAGUGCUUCUGGUGAGCGAUCCGACCACAGACAAGUCUGCUGCCGCUAUGGACGUGAACGUUGGGUAUCUAAGCGAUCCAGACGAGUUGCCAGGAUUAGCGCAUUUCUGUGAGCACAUGCUAUUUAUGGGGACCAAGAAAUAUCCGGAGGAAAACGAAUACAACAAGUUCUUGUCAGAGCAUGGUGGCUCGUCGAACGCUUCCACGUCCUCUGACCACACAACUUACUACUUCGAUGUUCUUCCUCACCAACUGGGGCCCGCAUUGGACAUUUUCGCGGAAUUCUUCAUAUCCCCCCUGUUCACGGAGUCGGCAACGGAGCGUGAACUAAGUGCUGUCAACUCUGAGCACGAGAAAAACACAUCUUCAGACACAUGGCGUUUGGAUCAACUCAAUAAGAGUACAGCAAAUCCUAAACACGCAUAUCACAAAUUUGGUACAGGCAACAAAGAGACUUUAGAAACCAUACCGAAGGCAAAAGGAAUCGACGUUCGGAAAGAAUUACUCAAAUUCCACCAGAAAUGGUACUCUGCUAACAUCAUGACUCUCGUCGUCCUUGGAAAAGAAUCCUUGGACGAACUAGAAGUAAUGGUAGCAAACCUAUUCACAGCUGUAGAGGAUAAGUCAGUGAUCGCACCCUCUUGGCCGGAUCACCCGUACCCUCCCGAAUUGAGAAGGAAGAGGUUCUAUUACCUCCCUGUUAAGGAUUUACGGUCAUUGACUAUUGAUUUCCCCAUUCCGGAUACGAGAAAUCAGUAUAAGAGUGGGCCAGGCCACUACCUGUCCCAUCUACUCGGACACGAAGGUCCCGGCAGCUUGCUUUCAGCCCUCAAAGCCCGGGGAUGGUGUAACAGUCUGGUGGGCGGUUCCCGAAUAGGCGCCCGCGGCUUCGCCUUCUUUGGUGUGCAGGUUGACCUCACCGAGCAAGGCAUUGAACACAUCGAUGACAUCAUUCAGUUGGUAUUUGAGUACAUCGCGAUGAUAAAAGCGAUGGGUCCCCAGCGCUGGGUGUGGGAAGAGCAACGUGACCUUCUCGCAAUGGAUUUUAGGUUCAAGGACGCUCAAGAACCGCGCAGUCUUGUCGUGGGACACGUGCAUUUGUUACAGGAAUUUCCAAUGGAGGAUGUGCUCUCAGCGUACUACCUGCUCUCAGAGUGGAAGCCAGAAUUGAUCACCGAGAUGCUAGAUUUUCUCACACCGGACAAUGUUCGAGUUUGUGUUAUCGCUAAAGGCUUCGCAGACAAAUGUACUCUAACAGAGCCUUGGUACGGCUCCAAAUACCUGUUGGAAGAAAUCGAUGCAGCUAAGCUAAAGGAAUGGAAAUCUGUGAAGUCGUCUCAGGAACUCCAUCUUCCCCCACCUAAUGAGUUCAUACCAUCGAAAUUAGACAUGGAAGCCACCACGGAUGUUACCUGUGAAGCUAUUGCACCUACCAUUCUUAAGGAUACACCAAUGAUGCGGCUCUGGUUUAAGCAAGACAAGGAGUUUUUGCUGCCAAAAGCCUUCCUAACUUUUGAGCUAGUCAGCCCUCUAUCCUACUCGGAUCCCCUGAACUGCAACCUGACCUCAGUGUGGGUGUUAGUUCUUCGUGACAGCCUACAGCAGUUCGCGUACGCAGCAGAGCUGGCCGGCCUUCGGUGGAGCAUCGGCAACGCCAAGUACGGACUUAGCGUAACAAUAGACGGUUUCGACGACAAGCAGCAUGUGUUACUAGAAAAAAUAUUCGACCAUAUUGUCAACUUUAAAACGGACCCAAAAAGGUUCGAGAUCAUGAAGGAGAAUCAUAUAAGGGCUAUUAAGAAUUUUGAGGCAGAACAACCCUAUCAGCACGUGUUGUACCAACAAGCUCUGUGCUUGUCCGAUUUGGUCUGGACCAGAUGUCAAUUACUAGAGGCAGCUGAAUCAAUGACUCCGCAGCAGCUUGACGAAUAUGCAGCUUCGAUGGUCCGCAAGGUACACGUUGAAGGCAUCAUGGUGGGAAAUCUCACGCGGGAGAGAGCCCUCAAAGUGGCCGACGGUAUUGAGAACAAGUUACCAAAAGACGCAACCCCGUUGUUGGCGCAACAACUGCUGUUAUAUCGUGAAGUUGAGCUUGAAAAAGGAGCAUCAUACUUGCGCGAGACCAACAACAAAGUGCACAAAUCCUCGUGCACGUCUGUGUAUUACGCGUGCGGCGUAAGAGCAUUGAAACAGAACGUUAUUCUGGAGCUGUUGGCGCAAACGCUGCAUGAACCCUGCUUCAACAUUCUCAGGACUAAGGAGCAACUGGGAUACAUAGUGUUCAGUGGCAUACGCCGCUCUAACGGCGUACAAGGACUCCGUGUCAUCGUUCAGAGUGACAGACAUCCGUCGUAUCUCGACACGCGGAUAGAGGCUUUCAUUGAGGCCGCACAGGAUAUCCUGGAAAAGAUGUCUGAGGAGGAAUUCUUGAAGCACCGUGCAGCAUUGGCAGCGCAGAAGCUGGAGAAACCCAAACGGCUUUCGAGCAAGGCUUCGCAGCUGUGGGGGGAGAUCACCGCCCAGGUGUACAACUUCGAUCGGCAAAGAGUGGAGGUGGAACAUCUCAGCACAAUUACUAAAGAUGAGCUUCUACAAUUCUUCAAGAAACACAUUAGUAUUGAUUCGCCGGCACGUAUGAAGCUGGCAGUGUACGUGGUGUCAUUGGCAGAGGGUGGCGCUGGCGUGGAGCAGGAGACCGACAACAAAACAGCUGAUAAAGGAACAGGCAAUAACGAA